CUUUAUCAACGGUUUCCCGCGAAUGAAAGUAGAAGAAUAUUGAUGCCAAAUCUAUGUCUAACCAACUCAAAGAUAAUUGAAACACGAGAGAACAAUGCCUGCACGUCGUGCUCAGAGAUGUGGCUGUGGAAGAGGAGUGUUUGGACUUAUAGACUGGACCACACCCCUCAGACGACCAGCUGCUCUGAAGAAUUUUCAGGAUGCCCCAGUUUCUCCUGGAGUAACUUCCCCUCAAUCAUGUACCUCCCCUUUCUCUCCAUUUCCAAUUUCUCCAGGAAAUGCUGUUGGUUCUUGGGCAGAUGCCAUGGAGAGUCCAUCUGCUAAGAAGUUCAAGUGUGGAGACAAACUGUUGAUGAAAUACAGCUACACAGCCAAUGAAGACAGUCCUUUGGAUCAGCCUGAACUUAACGUUUGUCAGCAGGAUUACAUAGAAUUUGUCUGUUUCCAUGCCGACAACCAACUGUGGUCCCGUGUGUGUAAUGCUAACGGGAAGGAAGGUUAUGUACCGACAGAUUAUCUCAUGAUUGUGGAAGAACAGGUGAAUUCAUUGCCAUGGCUACCAAAGUCAGCCGAGGUACAGCAAGAAAAAGUUGAAUAUAAGCCAUACAAAUCUGCAUACCAGUCCAACAUGGCCAAGGAAUCCUCGAAGCAACAGUACACCUGUGAUAUCUGUUGUCGUGAGUUUAAUGGACCCUUGCCAUACAAUGCUCACAUGAAAAGUAAAGCACACAUGGAGGAGGUCAUGCUACUAGAGGACAAUUCCUGAGGGCGGGCAACAUGUAAGGGGAGACAACUAGUAAGGGGAGACAACUCAUAAGGGUAGACAACUCAAAAGUGGAAACAACUCAUAAGGGUAGACAACUCAUAAAGGGAGACAACUCGUAUGGGGAGACAACUCGUAAGGGUAGACAACUCAUAAGGGGAGACAAAUACUAUUGACUGUUGGCUACAAUUAUGACAGGAUACCUGUGGAGGGUAGGCAGCUAUCUCUGAGGACUCAUCUGUGUGGUGAUCUGUUAUAUAUGAAAUUAUAUCUUUUGGAGGGAGACAACUAUUUUAAAAAGACAUCACUUGAUGGUGUUAUACCUAUCAUGAAAGGACAUUUCAUGAUGGUAGACAAGAAACCCUCAGAAGACAAAUCAAACUGUAGACUUAUAUCAUCAGGAUUUAUAUUGUGAGUAAAGAAAAAUAUCAGGAAACAAAAUUUAAGAUAAAUAUCAUCAGAAGACAACCUUACAUUGAAGACAGGUGACUACUUUAAGGGAAUCUCUGAGGUGAGAAGUUUUCAAAGAGGCUACAUCCUUAAAGAUUUUAUCCAAGCUUGAGAGUCAACUCAAAAAGUCAUGCCCCCAAAAAAUGUCAAAUAUGAAGGUAUAGGAAUACUAGAAAAAAGUCUACAGCAAGGCCAUGAUGCAUUAUGUAAGGCGAGCUAACUCUCAUAAAAUCUUACAAGGGGAGAUAAUUAAAAUGCCAAAAUUAUUCACAUAUAAUGCAACAUUGUUAUUGGUAAAAUACAGGUACAUGUAUUGAUUUACGGCUUAAGGCUGUAAGUUGUGGUUUAUUAAUAUGUUACAGUUAGUAUUAUUUAGAUAUAACUAUGAAUCAUGUAUGAUAUUAUACUUGUUUUUAUGUCAUUUAGUGUCUAGUGUUGAAAUGAAGAUGUUCCUGAUGUAAUUAUAAUUAUGUAUUAUUAGGCUUUGAUGUUCACUAGUUCAUCCUUAUUUUGCCACACGUUUUGUUUUACUUAUUCUUGUUUUGUUGUUUGUUUUGCGUAAAGAUGACAAACAUUCCGUUAUUUUUCUUUUCACUUAUGUAACGAGAUUGAAUGUGUAUGAAAUAACCAGAAUGUAUGUGAUACAUACAUGUGUAUGUACAUUCAUGUUUUGGUAUCCUAGGUUUAAGUGAUUGUAUAACAACAGAACUAGCUUCCUUCACUUUUUACAGACAAAAGGUAAAAUGACAACCGAACGGCAUCAUUGUAUAGUAAUUUCAGUGUUUAUUUUUACCAAUAACAAUGUGUUUCCACUGAAUUUUAGAUAUUGGGGUAAAUAUUUGAUACAUUUUCAAGAUUCUGUAUCCCUAGGUUUUUAGUUACAAAGAGCAAUUGUUGAAAACUGGCGUUGCAACCAACUGUUUUAGGGAUGAAAAACCCUCAUUUUGGGAUAUCUGGGAACACUGAACUUAUUCCUAAAGUUGGUGCAAACAGUCAAAAAAUAAAAUCUAUCAAAGAAUAUUGAUACAUUAAUAUUUUGUACAUUCUAAGCAGGUAAAUUAGCAGGUGCAGUUUGUGAAAUGUUUAAAUACAUGGUGACUGAUAGCUAAUUAUUGAAAUGUUAAUUCAUGGAGUAAAUAGUAUGUUAUAAUUCCAAUAUACAUUAUUAUUAUUUGCUGAUUUAAAUAUAUACCAUAAUGAUCAGAUUCCUGGUAAAUAUUCAUUUCUUGUUCAUGUUUCAUAUGAAAAUGAUCAUAAAUAAAUACUCUUCACUGCCUUUAAAUUGAUUAUGUGUAGUGGAUACUUUUUGUAGAAAAUGAUUUUGGUGGCAAACCAUUCAAAUUGUUUUGUUGUGUUCAUGAUGUCAACUUCACGAGGUACAAAGUGGACAUAGUUACAUGUUCGUGUUAAACACCGAACUCAUUCACCCCUGAAAUUUUGUAAUGAACUAUUCCAACCUUUGAAUUGGAAGAGUUCAAAUGUGUCUUCAGGGGUGAAUGAGUUGAUACACAUAUCAUUGUUUCACCCAUUGUAAUCUCCAUAAUACAGUAUUAUGACUCUUCAAGAGAAAAUCUAAGAAAUGUUCAUGUUUCCAUUUUUGUUCACUGAAGCCAAAGAUUAAAGAACAUGUCUCAUCUAAUUUCUAUAAAUUCUGUCCUACAUUUAUAUGUACAGAGUAUGUCUCCCUUGAUCUCUAGGAGGUUUCUUGUACAGUUAUAUAUACACACCAUAUUUGCCAUAAUCAGUGCCCUUGCCCUUUCCCUCAGCAUGUUUUAAAGGAUAUAAUGCCACCUUUUCCCGGGAAAGAUGUAUCAGAUAUAUCCAAGACAUAUUUCCUUAUUCACUUUAUAUCUGAUACUUCAGCCUGUGUACCAAUAAGACUGUUUUACAGUUCUGUUGUAAAAAAGGAAAUAAAAAACAUUUUUUUUUAAUUCUCCGUCAGAAUAUGUCCGACAGUUAUAUUGUCUUGCAUUGUAACAGCAACUGCCACAACCUAUCAUUUGUUAUCUUAAUAACCGCCCUCUGAACCCUUUCAUCACUGUAGACCAUAAUGGACUCACCCAGAUAAAUGUAUGGUAGACUCUCCUUAAGUUACCCAAGGGUGAAAGGUUAAGCCAAUUUUCCGGAGCCCUGGCCAUUGGCCCUGAUUAUGGCAAAUACUGUACAGUGUGUUACGCUUAAUAUGAUGUGUCAUUUGUCAAGGACAAUGUGAUAUCAAGUGAAAUAUGACUUAAACAGAAAUAAUCUAAAUUUAAAGUAAAUUGUGUUCACAGACACAUGAAUGUCAGUUUUUGAGAAAUCAGAUUUUAAAUACUUAGCCAUUUUUGGUAUUAAGCCCUUGUUGGAAACCUUCAGCAGCUGGAAAAAUGAAAAUCAAAGUAUAAAAUGACCCCUCAGCCAUUUAACUCAUUCACCCCUGAUAUUUCAUAAUGAACUAUACCAACCGUUGAAUUGGAAGAGUUCAAAUGUGUCUUCAGGGGUGAAUAAUAAAAGUCAUUAAUACUUAAUAUAAAACAACUUAAAUCGCAUAAAUAUGGACAGAAAAAAUGGUUCUUUUAUAUUAGGUAAACAUAUUAUUAUCAGAAGUAUUAAAAUAAAGCAGCAAAACAUAAAAAAUAAACCAUUGUUUUAAUGUGAUAUAAAUUGUUGAUUGUCACUAAACUUUUGUUGAUUUAAACAUAUUUUUAUUGCCUUGAAAAUGACUAAAAGGAUUGGGCACAAGUUCUUACAACUUAAUUUAGCCCUCUCCUAACUUAAGUACAUUUUACGUACAUCAAAUCUGUCUUAUUUUUUUUUUUAUAUUUAAGUUAAAUUCACAAAAUAGGUUGUUGACAACUGUUUCUCUGUACCCCAACCUCCUCAUAGAGAAUUAAGCGAUAUUUUCACACAGAUAAAGAAAAAAUAUUCUUCGAACAUGAUGUAAUUGUUGUAAAUAAGACUACUAGAAACGGUUUGUAUCCUUUAUGUACUUACAUACAUAGGUAAAGGUUUUACUGUUUUGUUCAAAAGUGAGAUCAUGAUUACCCCAGAGAAGUGUGUUUAUGUCUGUUAGGAGGAUCUCUGGAAGAUUUAAGUUCCUAAGAUUUCUUACCUGAGGUGAUUUCUUACAGUUGAGUAAUUUGGACAUGUAUAGAAAUAGUGAUGUACAUUUUCUACUGCCCCACUUAAACAUAAAGGUUUUUCGCCGAGGUUAAUUCUAUAAAGGUCAUAUUGUAGAUCGCUGCAUUCGUUCCUAAGUCUAGUGUGUAAAGUUGUCUAUUUUCUACUUUUGUUUGAUUAUAAUAAUACCACAUGUAUCAACAUAAGAGGUGUUCACAGUGUUGUGCUUUUGUCAAACUGGAAGUGUUGCAUUGAGAUUUGUGGGCCAAACAUUUGUUUGAGGUCAUUUCGGGUCAUUCUUGGCAAAUAAAGUUGUCCUAAGUCAUCUGUAGGUCUUAGUGGUCGUUCUGGUCCCAAAAAGUUUUUUGUGUGUCUCGGUGAUCAUUCAAUGGUGGUGGUAAAUAAAAAGAUUAAUCUGUCUCUGUUAAUUGAAACUAUCGAUAAAUCUUAUGCUGGAAUUAAAAUGGAACUAGAAUAUUACCUCAUGUCUGUAUGGAUGAAAAAUAUGUACAUGUACAUACAUGUUUCAAGGUUUCACAGAUGAAGUCAUGGCUUCAAGGUGAAAAUGCUUCUUAAAAUCAUAGAGGUCAGGUCAUAGUGCUUCUCAAGGUGGCACAGGUCAGGUUAUAGCUGCUCAAGGUCACUAGGGUCACUUUAUAGCUGUUCAAAGUCACUAGGGUCAGGUUAUAGCUGCUCAAGGUCACCAGGGUCAGGUUAGCGCUGCUCAAUGUCACUAGGGUCAGGUUAUGGCUUCUCAAUGUCACUGGGGUCAGGUUUUAGCUGCUCAAGGUCAAUAGGGUCAGGUUAUAGCUGUUCAAGGUCACUAGGGUCAGGCUAUAGCUGCUCAAGGUCACUAGGGUCAGGUUAUAGCUGUUCAAGGUCAGUAGGGUCAGGUUUUAGCUGUUCAAGGUCACUAGGGUCAUGUGUUAGCUGCUCAAGAUCACUAGGGUCAGGUUAUAGUUGCUCAAGGUCACUAGGGUCAGGUUAUAGCUGCUCAAGGUCACUAGGGUCAGGUUAUAGCUGAUCAAGGUCACUAGGGUCAGGUUUUAGCUGCUUAAGGUAAUUAGGGUCAGGUUUUAGCUGCUCAAGGUCACUAGGGUCAGGUUAUAGCUGUUCAAGGUCACUAGGGUCAGGUUAUAGCUGCUCAAGGCCACUAGGCUCAGGUUAUAGCUGUUCAAGGUCACUAGGCUCAGGUUAUGGCUUAUCAAGGUCACUAGGCUCAGGUUAUGGCUUCUCAAGAUCACUAGGGUCAGGUUAUAGCUGCUCAAAGUAACUAGGGUCAGGUUAUAGCUGAUCAAGGUCACUACAUGUAUGGUCAGGUUAUAGCUGCUCAAGGUCACUAGGGUCAGGUUAUAGUUGCUCAAGGUCACUAGGGUCAGGUUAUAGCUGCUCAAGGUCACUAGGGUCAGGUUAUAGCUGAUCAAGGUCACUAGGGUCAGGUUAUAGCUGCUCAAGGUCACUAGGGUCAGGUUAUAGCUGAUCAAGGUCACUAGGGUCAGGUUAUAGCUGCUCAAGGUCUCAUGAGUCUAAUACUUCAAAUAAUUAUACAUGUACAUCAAGUGUUCAUAGAUUGGAUGUCUGCUGUUAAGUUACUGAAAUUGGAGGACCAGCCUCUCAUUGAUAUUGGUUAAAUGCUGCAAAGUGACCGGGUCAGAACAAUUGUUUGAGGUUGAAUCUACAUUACGUUGUCUGUACAUGCCAAAAAAUGUAUACUGGAUUGGUUUAUGAUGAUUUGUAACAUUUCAUAUAACAAAGCCUUGUUAAUCUGGAACCGUCACAUUCUGGACAUUCAUGCUUUAAAACAUAUUUCACCACACGAAUUGUAAAUAUAGAUAAACAAAAGUGCUGUGAGGACCACUUUCUCAGGAAUUGAAGUUCAUGAAUAAUAUCAUAGAAAAGCACCUGGUGCAAAUAUUUCUAUAACGACUGAUGUCUGCGAGAAAAUUGUUGUUUACUGUGUGUUGUCAGGGGUCACACAUAAUCUUUAACCUGUUUCAGGUUAAAAAUUAUUGUGUUACCCCUAACAACACACAGGCAUGACUAAUCCUAUGUGAGCCUGUGGCCAGACAGAACUCCAGUGCCUAACCUGUCCUUUGUCACCCCUGAAAACACUGAAGUUGUAAUCAGUCCUUUACUACAUGUAUGGCUAGAAAUCACUAGAAACACUAAGGAGUGACCAAUCCUAUAUUAAUUAACUGUGUCUCAUCGAGGUGACAUCUAGAAACCUCCAGCCGUUAAAUGUGUCUGCUAAUUAAAAACAUUGAUUGACAACAUUAUGAUUUGUUCAUCUGUUAAUUUGUGAAUCUUGACAUUAUUUUUCAGAAUGUGUAAUGCACAGAUUAAUGAGGUUCAACUUUAUAUGUUGUUUAGCAGGUAAAACUUAUUUAAUUACGUGUGUAAUUAUACAAUUCUAACACUAACUGAGAAGGACCUGAAACUAAAGGGAUACCUGUCUAACCCAACACCUGAGUAUUCUGACAUCCUGUGUAAUUAAUAUUAGGAUUAAAUCUAUCAUUCAUGAAAACUUCCUGAUCAGGCCUGUGUGUUUUAACAUCCUGUGCAGUAUGACCAGUAUGAUAUGUCCCACAGGGUAUCAUAUUAGACAGGUUAAUUUAACCAAUGUAAUAUCCCACAGGGUAUCACAUUAGACAGGUUAAUUUAACCAAUGUAAUAUCCCACAGGGUAUCACAUUAGACAGGUUGAUUUAACCAAUGUUAUAUUCCACAGGGUGUCAGAUUAGACAGGUCAAUGUGACCAAUGUAAUGUCCCACAGGGUAUCAUAUUAGACAAGUUAAUUAGACAAAUGUUGUGUUCCAUAGGGUGUCAGAUUAGACAGGUUAAGUUAAAGAGAGUUUAGUUUUAACCAAUGUUAUAUCCCACAAGGUGUCAGACUAGACAAGUUAAUCUGACAAAGGUUAUAUACCACAGUGUAUCAGAUUAGACAGGUUAAUUUGACCAGUAUUAUAUGUCCCACAGGGUGUCCGAUUAGACAGGUUCAUCUGACAAAUAUAUUGUGUCCCACAGGGUAUCACGUUAGACAGGUUAAUUUGACAAAUGUUGUAUUCCCCCAGGGUGUCAUAUUAGACAGGUUUCACUGUAUAUUUGUUCAACAUAUACAAAAUGUUGAAGGUGAAUGAGUACAACAUAAACUGAAGGUUAAGAUGACUAACAGGCUGUUUGG